UUGUUGAAAAAGAGAUUUUAAUAUACGAAUCAAUGCGAGACAUAAGCUUUACAGAUUUGCGCGCGGGCUUGUAAUUUUUCUUCCCUCCCAUUCUCUGCUGAAGUUAAGCGAAGUAAAUUUUGGAGCAUGGGAGAGCAUUCUGUCCCACAAGUGGACUGCAGUCGUAUCAUCGCCCACUUUGAUGUGGACUGUUUUUAUGCACAGACUGAAGUACUUAAACAACCACACUUGAGAGAUCGACCAGUUGGAAUUACACAGAAGUUUUUAGUGGUCACCUGCAACUACUUGGCUCGUCAACGCGGUGUACCAAAGAUGGCAUCAAUUGAGGAAACGCAAAGGAGGUGUCCUGACAUAGUCUUGAUCAAUGGGGAAGAUCUUACACCAUAUAGAGCAGCUAGCAGAGAGAUAAUGAAUGUGCUCAGGCGGUUUGGUACACUAGAAAGGUCAGGAUUGGAUGAAUGUAGUAUAGAUAUCACAUCUGAGACCAAAAAGCGUGCUGCACUAGGGUCCUUUCCCAAUCACUUCGUGGGUUUUGUAGUAGGCUUUGAAUCUGUAAAGGAAUUUGAAAAGGAGCAUAUGAAAGAUGAAACUACUUCAACAGGAUGCAACCUUGGACACCUGAGUCCAUAUUCAGCUUCUGAAAGCAAAUGCGAAGGGGUCAGUGCAUCUGCUAGGAAUAUUACUUCAGAGAUUGAGAAUGAGUUCCAUAGUGUUUCUUCUGAUGGCAGGAAUCUGCUUAUGGUUGGAAGCCAUUUAGUAGCUGAAAUUCGUGCAAUUGUGGAGGCAGAGACUGGUUUUCAAUGUUCCUGUGGAAUCUCCUACAAUAAAAUGCUUGCCAAGAUGGUAAGCUCAGUUAAUAAGCCUAAUAAACAAACGUGCCUUCUUAAAUCAGCUGUACUUGAAUUUCUUUGCCCACUUUCAGUGCGUAAGCUACCUGGUGUUGGACAUCGGACAGAAUCCAUGCUCAUGGAGAUUGGAAUUCAGACAGUAGCUGAUCUUCAAAUCUGCAGUCUGCAUGAGUUAUUGCAAAUGUUUGGUGAGAAAACAGGUCGUUUCCUAUUUAAUGGAUGCAGGGGAGUUGACUUGUCACCUGUAAGGGAUAAAGGACCACAGAAAUCUGUAUCUGUUGAAGAUUCCUUCCCUCCAUGUACAUCUUUGAAGAGAAUAGAGUGCAUAUUAUCAUCAUUGGCAUUAGAUUUCAUGGCUAGGCUAGAUGAAGAUAAAAUGGAAACUGGGCGGGCACCACGGGUGUUUACAAUCAAAUGGAGGCAAAAGGGUAGUGGGAAUUUUACAAGCGCAUCAACUCAAAUGCCUUCGGAGCUGCUAUCAACCAAAUGCACCAUGGAUAGGCGAAAGCAAAUUUUAGUCCAAACAGGAAUGAGCCUUGUAUCUCGUAGCCUCAGGGGGCAUUCUUUUUCAGUUGUUGUGUUAAACAUUGGUGCCACAAAUUUUACGGAUGCUAAUAGAGGCAUUUCAAGUGCUUCACAAGAUAUUCGCUCUUUACUACAGAAUUCUACUAAAAUUCAAGAAACUCAUACCUCUGGCAAGGAUGAAAUUUUGUUCUUCAGGAAUGUGGUAAAAACAGAUCAUUCAAGAAACAGCCAUGCCUGUCCAUCUUUGUUUGGCCAGAGGCUCAGUGAAGGUUCUAUAGAAUCUCCUUUAUCUGGUGAAAUGUUGUGCAAAAGCUCUCUGGAGUUGAGAAAAGCUAUCGAGGAGCAGUGCAAGAGAAAUGAUAUGACCAAGUUGAAUGCAUCAUCAGGACUAGAAGAUGGCAAUGAUGAUGUCUGCAGACCUUUGAUAGAAGAUGUUGCCCAAAUUACUGUCUCAAGCUCCUUUAUUUGUAGAGCAGAUUAUUUCCAGGCAAAGAAAGAAUUAGCAGAGGAAAACUCUAGGAGGGAGGUACUUUCAUUUCCUUGUGACUUUGAGAAACAAACAGAAACUGCAGACAGUGGUAAUCUGGAAAGCAGAGCCUGUGUAGCAGGAGUAAGUGUUGACAUUGAAUCAGAUCUGGGUGAGACCUCUCCAGGUAGCAUUCAUGUUCAAGGUGGCAACAGAGAACAGGGAAGUACACGAAAGAGAGGAUUUGAGAUGGAAGAGAAUGGUGUUAUGGGGUCUUUUGUUUGUGAGAAAUGUGGACAGAAAGUGGGUUGUGAUGAACAACAGAAGCAGGAACAUGAAGAUUAUCAUUAUGCACUAGAACUGCAUUCCAAAGAUACAAAUGAGUGGAGGAAACAAAGUAACCUUUUGGCUAAGAAUUUUUAUCCAAAGAAGAGGAACCAGAAUCUAACUUUAGAUUCAUUUUUCUCCAGGUCCAAGUAGUAUGACAUUAAAGUGCUGAGGAAUUAUGUGGUUUGAAAAAUUGUUAUCUUCCAAAGAAUUUUUUUCACUGUCAGCCGACAAUUUUUGUGGUAGAACUUCUCUCCACUUGUGUGUCCAAGCUCUCCAAACAUGAUGGGAUUUCCAGAACAAUUUGGGAGUGGGCUCCAGAGUUCCUUAUGGGUUAUAUGAAAUAGGUAAGCGGUACUUGAUCAAAUGUGCUUCAAUCUGGUUUGAUUAGCUCAAUUGGUGGAUGGGCUUGGUAUAUAUUUGCCUUGAAGUGGUAGUGGUGGAGAUCACAUUGUAGAGAAUAAUUUUGUAAGUACGUUUUUAUUGCUGUUAUCCAGGAUUGAAGUAAGGGUCCUAUCAAUUUGAAGUGCCCAUAAAUUUAGCUCAAUUGGAAGAGCUUGGUAUGUAUUUGCCUUAAAGUGAUAGUGCCGGAGUUCACAUUGUAGAUAAUACAUUAUUUUAUGUUUUUAUUGAUAUUACUCAAGAUUGAAGUAAUGGAUUUUAUUGAUUUAAAAUGCCCAUAAGAUUAGCUCAAUUGGAAAGGCUUGGUAUGUAUUUGCUUUGAACUGGUAGUGCUAGAGUUCACAUUGUAGAGAACGCAUUCUGUUUGUAUGUAUUUAUUGCUUUUAUCCAAGAUUAAA